GAACAUCCCUUUGACAUUUUGUAAAUAAUGCCAACAUGACGGAGUAAAAUUUUGACAAUUUGCUUUGUAAUCAUGGCGUCUGAACGUUAUAGUUUUUCUCUCACUACUUUUAGCCCCUCUGGUAAAUUGGUCCAAAUCGAAUAUGCUUUAGCUGCUGUAGCCGCCGGCGGCACCUCUGUCGGCAUAAAAGCCUCAAAUGGAGUCGUUAUUGCAACUGAGAACAAACACAAGAGCAUUUUGUAUGAUGAGCACAGUGUGAACAAAGUUGAAAUGAUCACAAACCAUAUUGGGAUGGUGUACUCCGGCAUGGGCCCUGACUACCGCCUGCUGGUGACGCAGGCCCGCAAGAUGGCGCAGCAGUACUACCUGCAGUACCACGAGCCGAUCCCCACGGCGCAGCUGGUGCAGCGGGUCGCUACUGUCAUGCAGGAGUACACGCAGUCGGGUGGUGUCCGUCCCUUUGGUGUGUCGCUGUUGAUCUGCGGGUGGGACAGCGACCGUCCGUACCUGUUCCAAUGUGACCCCUCCGGAGCCUACUUCGCAUGGAAAGCCACCGCCAUGGGCAAGAACUUCAAUAACGGGAAGACUUUCCUCGAGAAACGGUACACAGAAGAGUUAGAGCUCGACGACGCGGUUCACACGGCGAUCCUGACGCUGAAAGAAGGCUUCGAGGGUCAGAUGACGUCACACAACAUUGAGGUGGGCAUCUGCGACGCCGGCGGCUUCCGGCGGCUGGAGCCCGCGCACGUGAAGGACUACCUCGCCAACAUCCCAUAAUAAUUAUAGCGGUUUUCUAAUAAAAUGUAAUGGUUAUUUGUAAA